GGGCACACUCAGGAGGAUGGCUUCUCUCACCCUGCUGCAUCUGCUGCUCAUGAUCUCAGCUGUAACUGCAUGGGGCUAUGAUCCCAACAGGUACAGGUUCUUCAGCGGCUCACAGACCUUCACCCCAAAAGGACAGAAUCCAGACGGGACUUAUGGGGUGGAACUUCGCAGCAAACAAACGACAGUCUCCUGCUAUGUGAAUAACUACCAAUGCAUCUCUGGUAACUGCGGGUACCCGACCCAGACGACCAGCGCAACUGUUGCCUGGGAUUCCUAUGGUCUCAGAUGGUGUCAACAGGAGGUGGUGAAAACACUAAAACUCAACAGCAACCUCCCGUUUCAGAUUGGGUACCCCUCUUACUACAAUUAUCGCUUUGGUAACGGCUACUGGGUAUCAAACGUCAGAAGCUCGUCGGCUGUCUUGAGAAUGAUGGCGCAUGUGGACCUGGGAACCCGAUCUGAUACUGGUGACUCUAACAGAUCUCCCAUCAUGACUGUGGUGCCAAUUCUCAGAGUACCCAGGAACUGUCCACGAUCAUUCAAUCUGACUGUGUUUGACCCUGAUGGUGACCACGUCAGAUGCAGGACGACAUCAUCCUAUCCUGAGUGUGGGCUGUGUGGCCUGUCCCCAGGUUUCUCACUGGAUCAGGAGUCCUGCUCCCUACAGUAUUCAUACAGCGGUCGAACUGGUUACCAUCCCAUUGAGCUAGUGGUGGAGGACUUCCCCAACACACGCAUCACUCUGUCCUACUCUGAUGGAUCCCGCAGAGCAAAGACACCGCCUUCAGGAGUAAGGCGUAGACGUGACACUGUAUUACGUGCUCCAACUACAGCUGCUCCAACCACAGCUGCUCCAACUACAGCUGCACCAACUACAGCUGCACCAACUACAGCUGCUCCAACCACAGCUGCUCCAACCACAGCUGCACCAACCACAGCUGCUCCAACCACAGCUGCUCCAACCACAGCUGCACCAACCACAGCUGCACCAACUACAGCUGCUCCAACCACAGCUGCUCCAACUACAGCUGCACCAACCACAGCUGCUCCAACUACAGCUGCUCCAACCACAGCUGCACCAACCACAGCUGCUCCAACCACAGCUGCUCCAACUACAGCUGCUCCAACCGCAGCUGCUCCAACCACAGCUGCUCCAACCACAGCUGCACCAACUACAGCUGCUCCAACUACAGCUGCACCAACCACAGCUGCUCCAACCACAGCUGCUCCAACUACAGCUGCUCCAACCACAGCUGCUCCAACCACAGCUGCUCCAACCACAGCUGCUCCAACCACAGCUGCUCCAACCACAGCUGCACCAACCACAGCUGCUCCAACCACAGCUGCUCCAACCACAGCUGCACCAACCACAGCUGCUCCAACCACAGCUGCACCAACCACAGCUGCUCCAACCACAGCUGCUCCAACCACAGCUGCUCCAACCACAGCUGCACCGACCACAGUUGCUCCAACCACAGCUGCUCCAACCACAGCUGCACCGACCACAGUUGCUCCAACCACAGUUGCACCAACCACAACUGCACCAACCACAGCUGCUCCAACCACAGCUGCUCCAACCACAGCAGCACCGACCACAGCUGCUCCAACCACAGCUGCUCCAACCACAGCUGCACCGACCACAGUUGUUCCAACUACAGCUGCACCAACCACAACUGCACCGACCACAGUUGCUCCAACCACAGCUGCUCCAACCACAGCUGCACCAACCACAGCUGCUACAACCACAGUUGCUCCAACCACAGCUGCUCCAACCACAGUUGCUCCAACCACAGCUGCUCCAACCACAGCUGCACCAACCACAGCUGCACCAACCACAGCUGCACCAACUACAGCUGCUCUAAGUGCACUUCCUCUGCAGUUUACUGUUCGGGUGGACUCACACUUUGCCCCUUCAUGCCUUGAUGGUGAUUACUUUCCCAUUUUCGUGUCACCAACUCCGAGAAAUGGAGUGAAUCUUCCUGCGUUUGUCAACCAAACCCUCGAAAUCAAAGUCAGAUCCAAAGCGCAGCACACCACGAUUAAUGGUCUGAUUGUGACUGGACCAAAGGGAAUUUCAAAGCGGAGAGUCUCCACAGGAGAAUAUAUCAUAACAUGGACACCAAGUGAAAAUGAACUGUAUGAUCAUUUUCCUAUUUGCUUUGUGUCUGAAGCAACAGACAGAUAUGGCAGAGUCUAUCAGUCAGAGCUACGCUGUGUGACUGCUGACGUUGCACACCAUGAGACCAUCGUGACAUGCAAUGAAACAACAAUAACGGUGGAAGUGGAGAAGUCCUACCUCAUCAGACGCAACGAGGACAACUUACAUCUCAUGGACUUCAACGACGCUUCCUGCGACCUGACAACACACUCCAACAGUACCCACCUGGUGGCUGUCAUGUCGCUGAACACAUGUGGAACCCUCAUAGAGGAGGAUGAAGAAAACAUCAUCUUCAAGAACGAGAUCACAUCUGCUGAUCCAAAUGAAAUCAUUUCGAGGCAACACGACGUGGAGAUCGCCUUUGUCUGCGCCUAUCCAAAGCAGACCAACCUGACGCUGGGAUUCACCCACAAGAACCCAUAUGCCUUCACAGAGAGGGGCUUUGGUGCUUUCACCUUCCAGUUUGAAUUCUUCGAGAGCCAGCGCUUCAGAACAAAAGUUGAUAGCAGCACUUACCCAGUGGAGGUGUACCUCAAACAGAUGAUGUUCAUGCAGAUCGAGGCGACCACCUCCAUCCCCAACACAGAGCUGUUUGUGGAGUCCUGCAGGGCGACUCCGUAUGACAACCCAAACUCUCGCAUCAGCUACACCAUCAUCGAACAUGGGUGUGUGAGGGACAACACAGUGCAGGUCUACCCCAGCUCCAACUAUCAGUUCAGAUUUGGAAUGGAGGCUUUUGAGUUCAUUGGUGCUCAUGAACAGGUGUACAUCACAUGUUCGGUCAUCCUGUGUGAGACUGGCCUUCCCAACACCAGGUGCUCUCAGGGAUGCAUCAGUUCAGGGAGCCAUCGCAGCAAAAGGGACGUUGCAGGCCAGACUGCCAGACACUCCAUUUCCCAGGGACCUUUGCACCUGGUGAAAACGUCUGACAGCCAAGUGUCUGGCCCGAGCCUGAGUCUGGGCACGAACCUGGUCUUCAUCGUUGGCUGCCUCCUGGUGUGCGGAGCGGCGAUCUACCAAUCCAGGAGGUCCAGAGCUAAAUACCAACUCCUGCCAACUUCUGAGACAGACUGAAGACAGAGAGGCCAUUUUGAUCCCCUCUGAUGAUGAGAAAGAUUCUCAGCUACUGUGUAAAGCUUUCAUAGUCAGAGUUUUUUAUAUGUUUUUAUGAAGAACUGCUGCUUUGAAUCAUCGUCGCCUGUCACUGCACCAGCACAGCGUCUGAAUGAAAGGUUUUUGGGUGUCUUUGCCUGAACACACGAAGACUUAUGAAUUUAUACUUUCAGGGGUUAAAGGGAACAUUUUAGUCACUUGAUGUGUCAGUUUACUGAUGAAGUAUUAUUCAAAUGUCUCUGCUCUUACUGAUAGUCUGUUAUUAGCUGUUAGUGUGUGUUGUGUGUCAUUAGCUGUGUCUCCAUUCACCUCUUUGUAUGCACAUUUUCAGUUUGUAAUGUGUUCAUAAUCAAGAACCACACAAAAGUCAAAAAGGUUUUAUGCCUGGUGGAGGUGGAAAAGUUGGUGUAUGGAUUAAAGGUAAAUGUGACUAAGUGCAAUGGAAACAGAUUCAGUGAAUAAAUGAUGACGUAGAGUCACCACACAGAC